CUUAAAACUUUACAACAAAUCACUUGUGGUUUGCUGAAGAUCGACUGCUCGCUUAAACUUAACUAAAGAAAAUGGCAUAUGCCAUAAAACAAGCUCUGGACGGAACUUAACCUCAAUGCUAGCUCGGUAGCCCUGCAGGGUUGGAGAAGCUUCAGAAGCUCAUCACGCUAAGGAACAAGUACAGUACAGUACAAUUUACGUUGCGAUCUUGUAGGAAUACUUAUUGGUCAUCAUGUUAGCUACUUACCAAAUCCAUCAACAAAGGCCAGAAACCGCCAAAAUAGUAGUUAGCACCAACAGCUCCCUGGAUCAGUUCUAUCACACACUUCAGCUUUGCCUGAGAUUUGCACCGGAUGGCAACGACGUCUUCAAUCACCUUAUCAGCUGCCUGGAGAGGUUUCACUUCAUCCCCAUGCUGGACCGCAUGGCAGAGGCGGAGCUGCGCCGAGUGAUCCCGAUGCUAAGCCAGAAGCUAAAGGGUCUGCGUCUCCCAGUGAGCUCCAUACCCAAGCUUCAUGCCAUUUGCCAGCAGAUGGACGUUUCCCACUUGGUCAGCACCCGGUACUGUGUGCUUUUGGGCGAAGAGGAUGGUAGGAAUGCAGCAGCAGAGGACAUCGAGCUGCUGGGCGAGGUGCUGCCCAAUCUGGAGAUAUUGCACGUCUUCUGCUCCAUCCAAGGUUACAUCCCAGUCCUGAAAAAAGUACGCAUCCUUUCCCUGGUUAAUGCCUCACAGGCGACGCUGGAUGGCCUGCUCCAGAAGUGCCCCCAGCUGGAGCACUUUAUGAUAUGCCACACAAGCGAUUUCAAAAGUGUGUACGACAUGGAAAAUAUCAGACUCUGCAAGCUAAUAAAGGAUCUCCUACUGCCAUUCCAAGUUAAGACUCCACUGGCCAUCGGACAUCUGGCGAACCUUAGGCAUCUCUCACUGGAAUCCAAAAGGCUCUGGGCGGAAUCGGCCUGGCUGCCCACGGUCCUUGCCAUCAUCAAGGCCAAGCGGUUUGCUCUGGAACGUCUCACCUUCGACGGGACUUGGCUCGUGGGUCCUCUGAUCGUCUCCAAGCUGGAACUGACCCAGUGCACGGCUCUAAGGGAACUAAGGCUGAGCAACUGCAAGGUAGACGACGGAGUCGGCUGUCCUCUUCCCCUCAUCUGUCAAAAACUCAGCUUCCGAAGAUGCACCCUGAACAAGGUUUACGGUUUCCUGGCCACCCAGCAAAUGUUAAGGCACCUGGAGCUGUUCGAGUGCCAGGUUCAGUGGACUGGCCCACUCAUACGGAAGCUAAUAGGACUCAGUAUGCGGCGACUCGGGCCGAAACCUCUUCACUUCCAAUUCAGCCAGUCCACGCGACUGCGAUCGGAGUACACCAAGUUGGAAAAGGAGGAGCUGGCGGCCUCGAAGCCUUGGAUCCAAGUGAGAGAAGUGGAACCGCCGCAGUCAGAGACUUGGAAGCAGCCACCGGGUACGAUCACCAUGGAGUUUGGCCGCCCGAUUGACCAUCUACCCAAUGUCCAGCUGCCAGUGGAAAGUAUUCCGGUUGCUGCAGAUCUGCUCAAGGAGUUAUAUUAGUAUUA